AUAUGGAUAUGGAAUCUGAGAGGCUUCACAGUGCUGAGAACAGUGAACAAGGUUUAGAAAAGGACGAUGUCCUCAAGAGAAGAAUCUCUAGCCAUCCUCUCUAUGAACUCCUAGUUCAAGCUCACUUGCAGUGUUUGAAGGUAGGUGAAAUUUCCGACUUGGAGAGAGCGUUGGAGAUGGAUCAGAAGCUAAUUAUGAACAGGCAAAGCUUGGACGUAUUCAGCGAGCCAGAGCUUGAUCUCUUCAUGGAAGCAUAUUGCAAGGCGUUGGGGAAGCUGAAGGUAGAUAUGGAGGAACCACAACAAAAGGUGAUGGCUUUCAUAAACAACAUGCAUUCACAGUUGAAGGAGCUCACUUUGCCUGGUCAUCACCCACCUGCUGCGUCGUCUCCCACAACUUCUUCUGCUCACUGCAAUAUUCUUCAAAGUGAUUGAUUCUUCACUUUAGAAUUUAAAUUAGAGCUUCACUUUUCUUAGUGUGGUUGUUAUUAUGAUUAAUGUGUUCGAAUCUCCUAGCUAGGCUAAUAGCUUAUUAUUUAAAGCCUCUGUUAUUUCCCAUUUGGCAAAAGCUGAUUCUGU